AUGGAACUCCCUACGUACGUGAUUCCGGAAUCGUUGCUGUCACGGCAGCCCGCACCGCUGGCCCCACGCAGCGAUCGCUCGUUACGCCGAUCAUUCAGCGAGCUGGAGGAUCUCGCUCUUCACAGCCGAACGGCAGACAAGAGACAAUGCCCGAGCGCUGAGUCUGCAUCGCUAAAGUCCGGUACGGGCUGCAUAGAGCUCCGACAGCACACAAUUCCAGAGUCUUUACAAUCACCGCUAUUGCACGUCGACCGGGCGUUACAAGCACCGACAGCGCGCAACGACGGGUUCGCUCGUCAUCACAACAUCCCCACCACGAUUCCCCAUUCAGGGCUGAGCAGAGGUAUACCUUCGCCAUCGCAAACGGGCGGUCUCGCGCUUAACACUCAUCGGGAAGUCCAGAAGUACUCGCCCUUCUCCACCCCGCUGAGUGCGAGACAAUCCGAGGAGCUGUUCCCCACGGGGCCGGCCGCGCGCCGAUCCCCGGACGAGGGUCCGGACUUCACAUUGCCAUUUCAAACCACCACCACGGCGAAAGAUUUCGACAUGAAAUAUGAUUGUUUCCUAGAAAUGCCCGACAAGAGAUUCUUCCCAACCCCAUCUAUGACAGAUCCGCAGGAGGAGGCGCCGACGUCUAUUCUGAUGUGGAACGCGGCGACGAAACAGCCCGAGCUGCUGGACGACGCGGGAGAAUAUGUGCUCGACCCCGCCGCAUCGACAGAAGCCCGACUCUCGCCCGUGCUCAAGGCGGUCGCCGCCGCCGGUUUUGAGAGCCUUGACAGUGCGCUGGUUGCGUACUAUGCCAAAUCGGUGAAGGAGGACGAUAGAUUGGGCCAGGAACAGCGACUCAAUCGGAUCCGGCGGCUGCCCGUGCUCUUGAAGGAACUGCAUCUCGCGUCGGAAGGCUGGGGGCAAUGGCAGCGGAGGAGCUUUCAGGAGCAAGUCAUCAAGAGCACCGAAGACAUACUUAUCGCCGAGUUAGAAAACCAUCUCGCCGCAAGGAGUGCGAAUGCGCAUCAAUUGGCCGGGGCGGGGGGGCCAUCGCGCCAAGCCUUCCGGUACAAGGCACAGGACGAAACAGACAUCGAGGCCGAGCUCCCUAAUACAUGGACGUUGCUCACGUCACUCUCUACAAAAUACGACACGAUCGCGGCGAGACAUGGGCCAAGCGAUAUGCCGAACCUGGUGAGCAGGUUCCUGGCAGCCAGCGCGGAUUUAGACACUUCAGGGGCAAGAGGAGGGGGGUCUGAGCCCACAUCACACGGCAACACAAAUCAUUAA